AUGCAUAAUAAGAGUGGUUUAGAAGAGACACUACGAGUGAAUGGAAAGGGCAAAAAGAUGCGAAAACCGAGAACCAUAUACUCGAGUCUUCAACUCCAACAACUCAAUAGACGAUUUCAAAGGACCCAAUACUUAGCUCUACCCGAGAGAGCAGAAUUGGCAGCAUCUCUAGGCUUAACCCAAACACAGUGGUUGGCGAUGAUGGCAGUGAUGGUAGUGGUGGUGGUGUAG